ACAAUACUAGGUGUGUUGUAUCAUAUAAAAAUUAUAUAACAGCUCCAUAAAGAAAUGAUUUCUAAAAUUAACGUUUUCAUUUACAUUUUGACAUACUAUGUUUUUUUAAGUGUUAUUUACACUUACGCUACUGAAAUACUGAGAAAUUCAAACGAAAAUUUCGGGCCGUAUAUAUUGGAAGUUACAGAUGUCAUAUAUUGUCGAGGGCCCAAAGUUCGCAAUUCAAGUAUUUAUAGCGUUGAUGUUGAUAACAAUAGAACAUCACCAACAAUAAACAUGAACUUUACGUAUAUGGCGGAUACAAGAAUAACCGAGUUCAAGAUAAAUAUAUACAAUGUGAAAAAAAACAAUCGCUCUAACAGUUUAUGGACUUAUAAUAGAAAAAAUCCCUGUAAUCACUACUUCUUCAACUUUAUUUUCUCUAAAUAUAUAGGGUCAAAAAAUUGUCUCGCAAAAAAAGGAACUUAUCACAUAAUGAUGGAAGUCGAUGAAUUAGCACAUAGCUACCUUGGACCAAAUUUUUUUUACGGACAAAUAUAUAUUAAGGCGUGGUUAUUAUCACAACAAGGUAAUUUGUUAUGCAUACAGCUCAACUGUUUUUGUCAUAAAAAGUAAUUAUAACAACAUUCAUGCUCCAUUCGUCGUUGUAAUUUAGCUUGAGAGAAUUCUUUGAACUUCAAUAC